AUGCCAAAAUCACGAACAAAACGUAAAUUAACUAAAAUUAUAGCUGCUUUAUCACUUUCUACUCAACCAAAUCCACUUCUUCUUCAAAAUAAUGAUAUUAAUAAUUCAUCUAAUCAUCAACAAUCACUUCAAAAGAUUUCAUCCGAAAUAGUUAAUAAAAAUGAUCUUGCAAAAUUAAGUACUAUUGUUACUGAUCUUAUAACAGGAAAACACGAUGAAACUAUUUAUGAAGAUUUUUUAUUGAUUUUUAAACAUUUUUCUGUACGUUCAUUACGUGAUGGUCAUCUUGAAGAAACAUUUUAUCAUUUAAUACAAGCAGGAAUUACAUUUAUUCGUACAAAUCAACAACGAUUUGAUAAAAAUAAAUUAGAAGAAUGUUAUCGAUAUAAAUACCAAUCGUGA